CAUCGACAACACAUUCUGUGACUUCUCCAACAACACCAGCUAUGUCGUCAUCAACAACAACACAAACAAAAACGACACCAAAAACAACGGCGCAAACGACUUCAUCCCCAGCAACAUCGUUUUAUGCCCCGACUUCUACACCUUUAUCAGCAAAAGUUACCACUGCGUCUGUUUCUUCCGUGGCGCCUUUAUCAAGUUGUGAUCACAUAAGCACACUAAGUGCAAUCGCUCGCCAAACAACAGUUGCCAAUCAGAAUGCGAUAGAAUGUUCUCCUAGCAGUCACACUUCGCACGAAGCGUUUGUACUCACAGAAUGUUCCGUACCACAGAAUCCAUCGUCGUGGCAACAGGGUGUUAAUGUAAUGGCUGACUGUGGCAGUUCGGCUGCCAUACCAACCUACACACCAAUUGCAGCUUAUGACCAUGGCUCUUAUUCUUCUGUCGGGAGUUUGUCCGGAAUCUUCCUUGGAUGUACAAGUAAUGGCUUCAAGAUUGCUCUACAGACAUGCGGCCAAGCACCACAUAUCACUGAACUGCAGCUUGGUGGUAGCAACACACAGAAUCCAAACAUGUAUUACACUAUAUCGUAAACGGAUUAAAAUGUUUGCCACUUUGAAAAUAAACAAGCAAAAAACUGA